CUUCGCGUGCACGUAACGUGUGCGGACGUAACGCACGUUGGUGCGAAUUACAUCAUGUAUCGAUAGGUUGAAGUAAACGCAGACGUCAGACUGUACCAAGUGGGAAUUGUGUCGAUUGAAUUACCGAAACCAAUGAGACAAACAUGGGCGGUGCUAGCUCAACAACAGUUCAGGCGUCAACGCUUGCCACCACCAUCAUACCGUCCAGUGCCACGUCAGCAGACAACGCCCCCACUGCCCCUCAGAUUACCCCAACCACAGCAUCAAUGCCGAAAGAAUGCCCUAUGCACUCGGCUGCUAGCACAAAAGCCAACGGGAUUGUCGUUACGAACAUGGCUAAAAGUGGACAAAUUCCAAGCGGGUGCCCCAUGCACAAGAAGGAUGGGUCGACAGUGAUUGCCUCUGGAGGCCAGAUUAGUGAGUGUCCGAUGGCAGGUGCUUCAUCUGCUUUGCUGAUGACAGACAGCAGAACUGAUGACAUAGACCCACAGAAUAUGAUGCCACCGCCCAACCAGAGACCAGCACCCGACCAGCCCUUCCCGCUGUCCACCAACCGGCAAGUCUCCAGCAUCCCCCGCAGCAGCAAGGAGGGCGAAAAUUGGGUGUACCCAUCGGAGCAGAUGUUCUGGAAUGCCAUGCUGCGGAAGGGUUGGCGCUGGCAGCCAGAGGACAUCUCGCAGGGGGACAUGCAGAACAUCAUCAGGAUCCACAAUGCCAACAACGAGCAGGCGUGGAAAGAGGUUCUCAAGUGGGAAGCCCUGCACGCCAAAGAGUGUGGCAAUCCCAAGUUGCUGAGCUUUGGAGGGAAGUACACCGACUUGUCACCUAGAGCAAAGUACAGAAUGUGGCUGGGCUACGAACGGCCAUUUGACCGUCAUGACUGGAUCAUCGACCGGUGCGGCAAGAAGGUCCGUUACAUCAUCGACUACUACGACAGCGGCGUGGUGGACGCAGACACCUACAAGUUUGCCCUCUUGGAUGUCAGGCCGGCACUGGACUCACCAGGAGCCCUGUGGGACAGAAUGAAGGUGGCUUACUGGAGGUGGAUGUAUGACCGCAAAGAUGAGGGAGUUUAAAGGGCAUUACGCUUUGUAAAAUUGGAAGGUUUAAGUUAUUUUGCAUGCAUUUUGGAGGGAUAUUUGUUUAAACUUUUUGCUGGACAAAUUGGACUUUUAAAUAGUUCACUUUCAUUCACAUUUUUCAUGAAAUUACCCGAGUUAAAGUCAAUGUGGGCUUGAGCCGAACACAUGUAUUGAAUAAACUGUCACUAGGUCCAGGUAUGAACUUUGUAAAUGCAUUCUAUAUGAAGUGCUCAGUACCCUCAUAAGGAAAAGAAACCAAGUCAUGCUUUAUCUGCGUUUUUAUGCUCAUUUAUUUUCAAGAAGGUCCCUUCACAAAGAUUCAAUUUUCUUGCAAAAUCUUACAUAUUGUUUGGGCUGUGAAAAAAUUCCAAAGUAGCAUUCAACUGUAUAAUGUUACAUUGGUCAAUGUAAUUUUUUAGAAGCUUAAAUACACCAGUGGGCAGUUAUUCACAAAAACAUUGCUCGUAGGUUGAACUUGAGCAUACGUGUAAAAACUAUAUUUCCAGUUUCUAAUUGUAAUUAAAAAAUGUUUGUUUGUGUUUAUA